AUGGCCCUCAAGCACGCGCACAGUUUUCUGCACACAGCAACAAAAUCAAGAAAACAGACUAACAACAUGUUCAUGAUGAGGUUAGCACAUUAUCACUCUAAAACACAAGCCGGCCGAAAAUCGCCCGACCCUGAAGAAUACCAAGGGGAGGUUCUACCCUCAGAAUGGCAUGCGAAAGCCUUCUCAAGGCUGAGAAAGUGGGGCCCAUCCCUGAAAAAUCUCGACUUGAUCGGCGGCCGUCUCGUGAACACCGACGAUGGCUCAAGAGUCUUCGACAAACAGCUCGAGCGCAAAAUGCAGGCAUUCAAGUCCUUUUCCCGGGCCCUCAUCGAGCUUCCUUCAACAAAAGAGAUAAUGAGGAACAAUUUUCUAUCUACAUUUCCAGAUGCGCAGGGCAAAGAAAUACAUUAUUUCGACAAGCCCCACGAGCGGGACGCUCUUACCGUGAACUCGCUAACCAAAGUGGCCGACAUUCUAAGCAUAUCACCCCAGCAGAGGAAAGUUGUCCGGCACAAAAUUUGCCCUCAGGUCACAAAUCACCAGCUAUGGGCUGGUGCACUUGUUGAGAUACUAAACCAACUGAAAUCCGAGAUCGAGGGCCUGAAUCGGGCCCACAGCGGGCUGAGUAAAGAAAUGGGAUUGGCCCAACAAGUCGUUGUCAACUGCUUGAAAUCCCUUGGGCCUGCGGUGACUCAUGACCCCGAGUCGAGUUCUUGGAUGAGGCUUAAACCUAAGAAGGUGGUCGACUCGAACGAGCCCGCCAAAUGGGAGGAAGUGCUCGAGAUGGCAACAGACCUCAUCAACUGCCUGAGUGAGGAAAAUGAGUUGGCCUUUCACAUUUUGAAGCUCGAGGUUAUGAAAGAAGGGCUAUAUCAGAUUAGGGAUGUUGUGAUCGACAGGGGCAUUGGGUAUAAGGAGGCUCGAUAUCAGGAGCAUUUGGUACAGAAAAAUCUGAUCAAGGGUUUGGGCUACUCGUCUAGGUGUUUGUUCACGCUUUUGAUGUAUUAUCUGUAUGGUAGUGUUUGGGACAUCGAGGUUGAUGUUCGUGGAGGGGUUUUUGGCAGUAGUGGGGGGAAAGGGGUUUGCUUGUAUAUGGGGAAGAUUUUGACCGUUGAUGAGGAGAAGGUCGUUUUGGAUGGGGUGAAGCAGUUGGAUAGGGCUUUAGGGUUGUUUAAGUUUGUGUGGGAGAGUGCGGAGAUGAAAGGGGAUUUGGAGUUGCAGGGCCAUUUGUGGUGUGUUGGGGCUGAGAAUAGGGUGGUUAAGUACAGGGGGAAUAAGUACUUUGUGCAUGAGAUCAAUCUUUGA